AUGCUUCAUUCUUCAGGUCCAGGAGUCACAGUGAAUGUCUCAGAAGAAAGUGCUGUGAUCUUACCCUGCUCCCUCGGCACCAAUCAGAACCUUGAACAGAAGCUGUUUGAUUGGAGGAAAAAAGCACCAAAUAAACAGGAGGUGUUCAUGUAUGAUGGAGGCCUUCAUUACAAUAAUGGACGUCGAGGUCAAGACGAGCACUUCAGAGGACGGGUCUCACAUUUUCCACAAGAGCUGCAGUUUGGUAACGCCUCCAUCAUCAUCAGAAACACCACGGUGGCUGACAGUGGAGUCUACACCUGUGAUUUUCCACAUCUGCAGCCAGAACAAAGGUUCUGCAUUAAACUUGUUGUUGGUGCAGCUCCGAAGCCGUUUGUUGGGAUCCUGAACAUCAGCGAGGACGAGGCGCUGCUGAAGUGUGAGGUCAGAGGUGCUUCUCCAAAGCCUAAAGUAGAGUGGAGGGACAGCGAUGGAAACAUCCUUCCUGCUGAGGAGCCACAGGUGUCACACACAGGAGAGCGCUAUGACAUCACCCUCCUCACCACGGUGACCAGGACAAACAGCAGCCUCUUCCACUGUGUAGCCACACAGGAGGAGAUGGGCCAUGUGACCCGUGAUCAGAUCGACGUGCGUUACUGUGAGAAAACGUCUGAGGUGAAGUCCUGCUGUGGAGUCGGUGUGUUCAUAGCUUUGUGGUUUUCUGGAGUUCUGACUGUCGCUGCAGCUCUGGCUGCAUCUGUAGCUGCAAAGUACAUCAGAAAACACAAGAAAGGAUGA